GGGGUCCGCCGAGCAGCGACAGGACCUGCAGCGGCCGCCGGGUUACGGCCACUCUUCCCCGGACUAGUUAGCUCACUCUCACGGCUAAGUGAAUGGGAUGGAGCCGGGACCGUCUGGCGCUGUGCCCUUGGGGGCCUUCCCCCCUCCCCUGCAGCAGGUGUUCCAUGCCCCUCGCCGGCCAGGGAUGGGCACUGUGGGCAAACCCAUCAAGCUGCUGGCCAACUACUUUGAAGUGGAGAUCCCAAAGAUGGACGUCUUUCACUAUGAGGUGGACAUUAAGCCCGACAAGUGCCCACGACGAGUCAACAGAGAGGUGGUGGAGUACAUGGUGCAACACUUCAAGCCCCAGCUGUUUGGUGACAGGAAACCGGUUUACGAUGGCAAGAAGAACAUUUACACGGUGCUUGCGCUUCCCAUUGGGAGUGAAAAGGUGGAUUUUGAGGUAACUAUUCCUGGCGAGGGUAAAGACCGAAUCUUCAAGGUGUCCAUCCGUUGGCUGGCCAAGGUGUCAUGGCGCCUGCUGCAGGAGACUCUAGUCAGCGGCCGGCUGCAGGUCCCCCUCGACUCAGUUCAAGCCCUGGAUGUGGCUAUGCGCCACUUGGCCUCUAUGAGGUACACUCCAGUGGGCCGCUCAUUCUUCUCCCCACCUGAAGGAUACUACCACCCUCUGGGUGGGGGAAGGGAAGUUUGGUUUGGCUUCCACCAGUCUGUGCGACCCGCCAUGUGGAAGAUGAUGCUUAACAUUGAUGUGUCUGCUACGGCCUUCUAUAAAGCCCAGCCUGUAAUUGAGUUCAUGUGUGAGGUUUUGGACAUUCGCAACAUCGAUGAACAGCCCAAGACUCUCACAGACUCGCAACGGGUUCGCUUCACCAAGGAGAUUAAAGGCAGGCAACUCGGCAGUUUUGGAGAGUACCUUCUCAAUACGACGAGUCCAAACCCAAAAUGCUUCUUGCCCCUUUCCUUUACCUUAUUUAUUCUUUCUCACUUUGCUUCCUACAGAAUGCAUUUUUUUAAAUUGUAUAAUCAUCAUCCCUUUCAUAAGCUGAUACUGUUUGGUAUAAGGGGCUUUCUUCUUUCCUAUUAUUUGCUUUGCUUUUAUUUAGGUGUCAUCUUAGUUUAUGGUUGUGUUAAUGCUUUUGUUCCUCACCUACUGAUUGCAGGCCUGAAGGUAGAGGUCACACACUGUGGCCAAAUGAAGAGGAAGUAUCGUGUAUGCAAUGUCACCAGACGCCCUGCGAGCCACCAAACGUUUCCCCUCCAGCUUGAAAGCGGGCAGACGGUAGAAUGUACAGUCGCCCAGUACUUCAAGCAGAAGUACAACUUGCAGCUUAAAUACCCUCACCUGCCCUGUCUCCAGGUGGGACAGGAGCAAAAACACACCUACCUGCCUCUGGAGGUGUGUAACAUUGUAGCUGGUCAGCGAUGCAUUAAGAAGCUGACAGAUAACCAGACCUCCACUAUGAUCAAAGCCACAGCUCGCUCUGCACCCGACAGACAAGAGGAGAUCAGCAGGCUGAUGAAGAAUGCCAACUUUAACCUGGACCCAUACAUCCAGGAGUUUGGGAUCAAGGUGAAGGAUGACAUGGCUGAGGUGACGGGCAGGGUCCUGCCAGCUCCCAUCCUGCAGUACGGAGGAAGAAACCGUGCCAUAGCUACCCCCAACCAAGGAGUGUGGGACAUGAGGGGGAAGCAGUUUUACAACGGCAUUGAGAUCAAAGUGUGGGCCAUCGCCUGCUUUGCCCCUCAGAAGCAGUGCAGAGAAGAGGUGCUCAAGAACUUUACAGACCAGCUGCGUAAAAUCUCCAAAGAUGCUGGAAUGCCAAUUCAAGGCCAGCCUUGCUUCUGUAAAUACGCACAGGGAGCCGACAGCGUGGAGCCAAUGUUCAGACACCUGAAGAACACGUACUCUGGACUUCAGCUCAUAAUUGUCAUCCUUCCAGGAAAAACCCCUGUCUAUGCGGAGGUAAAGCGCGUGGGAGACACUCUCCUUGGCAUGGCCACGCAGUGUGUCCAGGUUAAGAACGUGGUAAAGACGUCACCUCAGACUCUGUCUAACCUCUGCCUUAAGAUCAAUGUGAAAUUGGGAGGCAUAAACAACAUCCUAGUACCUCACCAAAGGUCAGCAGUGUUUCAACAGCCGGUCAUCUUUCUGGGAGCAGACGUCACACACCCCCCAGCUGGAGAUGGCAAGAAGCCCUCCAUCACUGCUGUGGUUGGUAGCAUGGAUGCCCAUCCCAGCAGAUACUGUGCCACAGUACGUGUCCAAAGACCCAGGCAGGAAAUCAUUGAAGAUUUAUCUUACAUGGUGCGUGAACUGCUAAUACAAUUCUACAAGUCGACCCGUUUCAAGCCCACCAGGAUCAUUUUCUACCGAGAUGGUGUUCCUGAGGGACAGUUGCCGCAGAUUCUCCACUAUGAGCUCCUGGCUAUCAGAGAUGCAUGCAUAAAGUUGGAGAAAGACUAUCAACCUGGUAUCACCUACAUUGUGGUACAGAAACGCCACCAUACACGUCUCUUCUGUGCUGACAAAUCUGAAAGGAUUGGGAAAAGUGGGAACAUACCUGCAGGGACCACAGUGGACACCAGCAUCACUCAUCCCUUUGAGUUUGACUUCUACCUGUGUAGCCAUGCAGGCAUACAGGGUACCAGCCGGCCGUCUCAUUACUACGUCUUAUGGGACGACAAUCGUUUCACGGCUGAUGAGUUGCAGAUUCUAACCUACCAGUUGUGCCACACGUAUGUUCGUUGUACCCGCUCGGUUUCCAUCCCAGCGCCAGCCUACUAUGCUCGUCUUGUGGCCUUCCGUGCCCGCUACCAUCUAGUAGACAAAGAACACGACAGCGGAGAGGGCAGCCAUGUCUCCGGUCAGAGUAAUGGUCGGGAUCCCCAGGCGCUCGCUAAAGCCGUUCAGAUUCACCACGACACUCUGAGGACCAUGUACUUCGCCUGAGCUCCACCAGCCAUUACCACCAUCGUUCCUUCCCACCUCAUUUCCACCUGAGUGAGCAGAUGGCUCACUCUCACCUCAUCCCCAUUCCUUGCUCCCUACAACUGCCCACUACACUCACUCUGCAGACCUGCCAGUCACUCACACCCUAAAAACACAAGGCCCUUCCAUAAACACAGGCCGUCUCUUCAGCCUGAUGCACACAAAAAGGCUAUGAAUAUUAUUGUUUUGUUGUUUUCACUUCACCAGGACGAUUGUUCUUUUUAUGUUGAAUUUUUAAAAACAUGGGUAUUAUUAUUAUUAUCUAAUUGUAUUGUACGCUACCUUCACACUCCGAUGUAUGAAAGUAUGCAAUAGGGAUUGGAGGAAACCUAGUCGACAGAAAGGGGAGAAGCUGAAAAAUUUAAACUGCCACCACUAUGAUGCCUCUUUACCCAUCCGGACGCCGGAUGCCAGUGUUCCAAGCCUCCAUAGUUUGGGGGAUCCUCCAGAGGGGUAGUAUUGGGAACGCACACUUACAUGUAUCAUUUUAAAGUUGUCAUGAACUAGAUUUAUGUUUUUAAAUGUUUUUGAAUGUGUGUGUUUUUCUUUUGUUUUGUUUUUUUUAUUCCAUUUUUUUUAACAGCCUUGUUUAGGGUAUGGUACAUUAGCACUUAGUGUUAGCAUCGAGGCUCCACCAGUCCUGCAUAUAAAGAGUUUUAGUACAUACAGUAUGAGGCUUGUCCUCUGGUCCUUAUAUUAGCAGAGACAGAGCAGGUGUAGCAUAUCGUAGAUACAGGAGAGUAGUGUUACUACACUCUCGGUCCUGGUUGGCCAGUCCCUAGAGAUUUAGCCUAUGGAGGUGAGUUUAGUAUAACAGUAGAGGGACCAUUUGCAUAGAGUGUAUCAAAUAUACUUGCACCCCAUGCACCUAAACCAGCAUUUUUAACCAGCCAAAAGUGAUGCCAACCAACAGAAGAGGGGCACUUAAACAGGAAGAUAAUCGUAUUUCUGUAUACAUUGCUCUUUUGGGAUUUACGGGGCACUUUUUGUUUACUUUUUGAAUUAUUUUGCUUUAAAAUUGUACAUUUAUUUUGCGAGACUUGGCGCAGACGACUCUAGAGUUUCACACCAACACUUGCAUAGCUUUCAGAACAAAUGUAAAAUGCAAGGUCGACACUAUUUCUUAAACAUUUUAAACCGGCAAAUGUAGAGUCUGAUUACUCAUGUGCUGAAUAGGCUGAACUUAUAUUCAGCCACUGACCUUGCUCCGAUCGUUCUGCACAUUCCUUCUGUAUCAGCGGAGAUGACGCCACACGGGGCAUUCUGCACUUCCACCCACUCACUCUUUUUUGUACCUAUAAACACCCAUCUUUUGCCUCCUAUUUUUUUAUUUUAUUUCACAUAGAUCUCUUCCCUCUGCAAUCAUUACAACUCAGUCUGGACAAUAGAAGCACAUUAUUAUCCUGUUUAGCAUGUAGAGAUCAAUGUGUUUCAGCGCACUUCUUUCCUUAUCUCCCUUCAAGCCAAACUCGCUCAUCAGCCUCUCAUAACCAUCUAUCUUUGUUGUCUGUUUUCACUUUUGUCAUCGCACAUCUGCAGCAUCCCCUGCCCCAAUCCCCUAGUCUGUGUUAGCCAAUCCCUAUUGGUGCUCUGUGUGCAUGGGCGGCACAGAUGGGGGAUUGUUACAAUGGACAGGGUGGGCCUCAAUUACUGCUUCUUAACAUGUCCUGCCUUUUACAUGUCACUCUCUGGAUUGAUGGACAAAAAUGCAUGUGGUUAUGAUUUCUUUUUUUAAACGACUGGAUAUUCUGAGCCACCUUACUUUGGUUUUCUUAGCGGUAGGAGCCUUGUGCUCAUCACUGCCUGUCUAUUGUUUUAUUUCUGUUUUUUUUGCCUCAAUUGUGUAACGGUUAUUAAGACUAUUUCUUUUGUCAUUAUUAUUAUUAUUAUUAUUAUGAAUAUUGUAACUAUUGUCGAUGUAUCCUCAAGAGGGCACUAUGGAGACGGUUUUAAAAUUCCACCUCAGUUGCCCUUUAAAUGCCUCAAAGCUGAUGGUCACAGCCCCUUAAAGUUGAUCAAAGAUCAGACGAGUUUGAUUUUUGAAUCAUGUUAAUGAUCGUGCAUAAUCAGAAUGCCUUUGUAUGCCAUUCUACCAAUCCUUCAUUGUGUCCAAGGUGAUUUGUAUAUAUAAAUAUAUAAUAUUUACCUGUUAUGUAUUUUGGCCCAACAAAUGAUGGGCUUUUCACACUUGGGGGUCAGUGUUCAAUUCUUCUCUCUGUGCUUAACAAAACUCAAGUCUGGGCCAUUUCCCAGCACAACUGAAACCAGAUGCAGUUCUUCACCCACUGAAGUCACAAAAGCACCUUGCAAAGGGGGACACAAAAUGACAGUCACCCUGGAAAUGUAUCGUGGACACGAGAGCCCACUCCUCUCCACACAGCCUCAUGUUCUGACUAAGCAAUAUUGAAGCCACUGAUUAAGAACAGUCCUUGUCAUAGCACUUCUCAAUAGAUUUGAAUGAAAGGACACGGAAGCAUUUUAUUUUGGCUCUGUGUGUGAUAGUAUGGGAACUCUGUUGGGGAGGGUUAUUUUUUAAAGAAAAUAAAAUUGUU